AUGGAUUCCCUACCUGAUGAGAUUGUCAGCAUUAUCAUCACCAAUGCCACAGCGCACGAACUUACUCAGCUGUCCCAAACUUGUAAAAGGCUUAAUAGACUUGCUGAACCGCUAUUAUGGACCAAUGUCGAGUUUCAUCAUCAUACAUUCCAUAAGGCUUGCGACUUGAAACAGCCCUCGCCCACGAUAUCUGCAUCACAACGAUUUUACUACUGGGACACUGAAUACUCGGGACAAUGCAAGGCAGAAAAAUUCUUUGAGAUGUUGCAGGGUCUGUUGUUUGAGGACAUCGGCCGGCUGAAACAACUGUGCUCACGAGUUGAGUCUAUCUGCACGGUUGUUCGCUCCAAGAUAGACUUUUGGCAAAUUUUACCGUAUUUCACCAAGGUCAGGGCUCUUGAGCUAUAUGGCGACUCCUCUUAUUUCGACCAGAAUGAGCAUAUAUCGUUCUGCCCAUCUGCUCCUACACUUUCGAAGCUCCGUUAUGUAAAGCUCGAUGGCUCUAUACCUACGGACGUCGCCAAAUGGAUAUUGGAGUCGUGCUCAACCGUCGAGCGACUAGAGCUCGGACUACUUGACAAGCCGAUAGAAUCAAGAGCAACUAUGGAGGACGAUUUUACACGCUUGCCUGAAGAUAUCUACAGUCCACCCGAGGAUCCCACGUAUGGUAGACUCUGGGGAUGGGCUGUCAUACCUAGACCUUUAUCCGGCUUCUUACCAUUUCACAAAGAUGCGACGUCAUUAGGAUUGCCACGACUACGACAUUUGUAUCUCUGUCAGCCAUCACAGAGCAACCUGUCAGCAAGAAUGGUCAGCUAUUUCUGGUCAACAAGUGCCGAGGUCUCCGCCCAUAAAGAUUGGGAGAAUAUUUUGCAGGCCUCGUGUGAAACGCUCGAGACGCUGUCUGUAGAGCAACAGAGUGGGAUAGAGCAUGGAGACGGUGCCGUUGAUGAUGCAGAGGGAUUCUUCCGAAGUGACCAGGACGGUCUCGGUAGCGAGAGGUUGAUGGACAUGCUCGAAAGAGCUUUGACGGAGAGAAAGUUUCCUGCAUUGAAGCGCGUUUAUCUGAAGGGAAUUGUUGUUGGGUCGAAGGAACGUGGUGAGCCGAUUGGAGAUGUACCUGGAGGUCGGUUUAUGAGAUUUCUUCAGACAAAGGGGAUUACCUGCGAGGCGAGACUUGGGGAAGGGUACUGGUUUCAUGGCGAUGAUGGUAUGGGACCUUCUGCUGAAUGGGACGCGCGCGAUGAUGAUUGGGAGGAGGAACUUUUAGCAAGCGUUGAUGGUCAGCUAUGAGACAAGGGUGUUUUUCAGAUAGAGGUUCUAUCUGCUGGCGCAGCAGCGCACUGGUAGUCGUCUCGAUACGAACAAUCGCAUCAUCAAUGAA